AUGGCGGAUCUGCACACAAAGCGGAAGGAUUGGAGUCCAUAUAAGGUGGCUGCGGAUCUGUGCGUAAAGCAGAAGGAAUUAGUACAGUACCAUCGAGAACUUACAAUAUACAUUGUGAAUACCUUCUUAACACAAACAAAUGCGGUGAGCCUGGCGGCGUCGCCGCGGAUCUGCACGCAAAGCGCAAGGAUUAGAGUUCGUCAUGGCGGCGUCGCCGCGGAUCUGCAGGCAAAGCGGAAGGAUUGGAGUCCAUAUAAGGUGGCUGCGGAUCUGUGUGUAAAGCAGAAGGAAUUAGUACAGUACCAUCGAGAACCUACGAUAUACAUUGCGAAUACCUUCUUAACUCAAACAAUUGCAAUGAGCGUGGCGGCGUCGCCGCGGAUCUGCACGCAAAGCGGAGGAUUGGAGUACGUGUAA